GUGCGAUAAGAAACGUUUACCAAUGGAUAAGUACUAUCAAAACCUGUUCACUUCGGAGUCGAAAAUAUUUUGGUAUUUCGGCUCGCGUAGUAUUCUCUUGUGCCUCGACGAAGAAGGACAUACACACAAUAGACAUGGAACAAAAGAAUGAAUAUCGUCGAACGACGUCGCAGUCCACCGUGGGCUACUCGCCACUGCCCGAGCCAACAGCUCGGGAGUCUCCUCCACGACGCCAAAUACUCUAUGAACAGCCAAGCAGUUGUUGCAUUCGUGAUAUGCGCAAUCAGCCUCAGGCGAAUGCCUUGGGCGCCGCUGCUUUAAUCUUCCUGUCGGGCGGCAUGAACAUAGCCUGGAGUAUAGGCUUCGACAAUCUGGCAGACGAAAUAGUAAUCUGCAUGCAUCUACGGAUUUCUUGGUUCAUCGGAGCCAUCAUCGGCUCCGUGCUCAGCGUUCUAUUCUCCAGAUGCCUCACCUACAAAUUGCUAAUGCAACUCUGCUGCAUGCUCACCAUUGUUGGCGGCAUUCUAUUUACUGCGACGCAGCUGAAUGUGGAGGCCAUGAUGGCUGCGCGCUACCUCAAUGGCUUGGCCAACGGACUCGCGCUGCCCGCCACCUUGUCCACGGGCGGCGAGUUGGUGGUGUUUUACAAGCGAGGAACCUACGUUUCCGCCACUGAGCAACUGAGCUGCACCCUGGGCAUAUUCAUGCAGAUAGUGUUCAGCGUCAGGUGGAGCCCGGACUAUGAUCUGACGGCGGACCAGCUGCAGGGCGUGCUCUGUACCGUUUAUGGGGCCAUUGCACUCUUCCUGGCCACCGUAUUCAUUGUGGAGUCGCCAGUGCAGCUGUUGAUCCAGGGCGAGGAGGAGGUGGCCAUCGAUGCACUGAUCCGCCUGCAAUAUCCCAAAGCCGUGACGAUGGAAACCAGCGAUCAGCUGACUGAGCACAGCUCCUACGUAGCCCACAACAAUUCACUGCGCAACACUCAGGCUUGGUGCCAAGCACUGCCCGCCCUGCUGCGUCUCUGCUUGCUCCGCGCCCUUUACGCCAUGAGCACAAGCAUGCUGAUCGUCUUUACGCUAACGCUGGCUAGCACCAGCGUCUAUGGGCUCAGCAGGGGUCCGUACGUGCUCUUCGGGCUACUGCGGCUGGCGGGCAGCUUCAGCGGCGCCUUUGUCCAGGACACGCUUGGCCGGAAGCUGACUCAGCUGAUUGGCUUCAUGAUAUGCGGGGCCGCGUCUAUUGGACUGGCGACCAGGUUCUCGAGUGUGGACUUCGUUAGAUUGCCAGACUUGAGGAAGGCUGUCUGGAUGCUCCUGAUAUUCCAGUUCUUUGCCGGCCUUGGAUUCGCGCCCAGCUCGGUCUACUUAUCGGAGGCCUUCCCGCUGUCCGUGAAGCGCAUGUGCAUCGCCAUCGCCUAUACCGUAGAGCUAACUAUUCAGCUAGCCGUGUGCUACGUGGAGCUCAAUGUGCACACCAACUGCAUCUACUUCUACGGCCUUGGCGUGUUUACGCUGCUGGGCUUUUUGUUCGGCCACUGGUAUCUGCCUGAGACCAAGUACUUGACUCUGCGUCAGGCGCAGCAAAAGUUUCGCGACUUCUCGUGAAGUACUCGGCCCCAGCAGUGGGCGCACCAAGACUUUUUGCCAUUUAAUAUUAGCUAGAUGUAGGCAAGCAUAGUAAC